CUGGGAUCCAUUUAUCAAUCUGUCAUGGCAAAUUAUUUUCUCGUCAAAGCCAACGAGUUGCCCGCUUGACUCGACAUUCUUACUAUCUCUACUGUCUAAAUAACAACCUCGGCCCACCACGUACAACCCUUUCUUCGGUACAGCCCCACAUAUGCCUCUACUGACCACUCGCCACCAUGUCAAGACGGGCUGCCGGACCUGCAAAGCCCGAAAGAUCAAGUGCGACGAAGGUAAGCCCUCGUGUAAGCGUUGUUUAUCGUCGCGCCGGGUCUGUGGCGGUUACCAAGGCACGGCCGCUGAGUAUAGCCUGACGUGGUACCGACCAAACCAACUAUCUGCGCGCGACCAGAAAGAAGGUAGAGCGUUCCAGUUCUUCACAGAAAUGGUUGGGCCAGUUCUCUCGGGUCCUACGGACUCUUACUUCUGGACUCAUCUGGUCAUGCAGUUCAGCCACUUUGAGCCGACCAUGCGCCAUGCUGUUCUGUCUAUCAGCUCGCUUUAUGAAGAAUUUGCCAGAGGCUCUCGUAUCACUCGGCAGUUUUGUGGCAGCACCUUUGCUGUUAAUCACUAUAACUCGGCUAUAAAGCAUGUAAAGUCAGCCAGUGACGAGCAAAUGAUACUAGUGCUCUGCGUACUUUUCAUUUGCAUCGAGUAUCUACAAGGAGACUUCGACGCCGCUCUGCAGCACUGCCGUCAUGGCAUCAUGAUACUUAACAACUCUUCGCGUCCGGAAUGGAUGUGUCAGUAUCUUGUUCCCAUAUUCCGACGUCUGAGUAUAACCCCAUUCUUCUUUGGCGGUGUCAGACCUACGCGUCUCCCGCAGCUUAUCGGAUUCGAGACACCAAUGCCUUUAAAGUUUGGCGAUACUCGAGAAGCGCAGACAGCGAUUGACGAUCUGAUGAUUCGGACAAUGGAGUGCCUGUACGAUGGCAAUGAUGACAGGACUGCGCUGGCUACAUUGCUGGACGAAUGGGAUUCCAAGAUGAACGAUCUAGAGCGUGCACUCCCCCCAUCUGCAACACCGGAUAAAUACGCCAUAUGUGGACUGCGAUUCAAACACAAAAUGGCCAAUAUUUAUAUCCAACAGCAAAGCUCGCAUACAGAAAUGUGGUGGGAUCAGCAUCUCGAUAUUUUCCGGGAUGCUGUAAAAUUGGCAGAAGAAGCGUUUCUACUAUCGACAGCACCAGGUCACCGGCGCAUACCACAAUCGAGUUUCAGCUUCGAAAUGAGUUGGCUACCAAUGCUGUUUUUCAUUGUCCUGAAGUGUCGAGACUUAAAAAUCCGUCAUACAGCAUUAUCCUGGUUGGGACAGCUUGGACCGGCCAAGGAGGGUCUGUUUGACGUGGGGACUUUGUAUAGAGUUGGAAGACGUCUUAUUGAGCUGGAACAUGAUAUAUCACUUGACAAUACCGAUGACCCGGUCGGACUUGCGAGUGCGGUUGUACCACCGGAAGAGAAACGCUAUUUCGCUAUUCCGAUAAAACACGAAUUGGAAGUCAUCUCCGAGCAGGACGGCACAGUCAGGUACAGAAGACAGGUUAAAUUCCUCACGAAAGACAUCGAGGGCAACGUAAUCGCUCGAGGGGAACAUAUCUAUGAUGAUAAACCCCGUGGAUGCAACAUUAAGAUUCCACCAAUGAGAUGUGCAUAUCGCCUGUAGGAGGGUAGAUUUUAAAGUCUUUAGAG